GUUCGGUCGCAGACAGCUGAUCUGAGGAAACGGUUUACAUUAACAUAUUAAAGUUGUCUGCUUCUCUGUCUCUUUGCUGUUUAGUGGCAACGAACCCGUCAUUUUAGAUAAUUCAAGUAUCCGAUUAGUGAAAUAUUGCGGCUAAUAAAAUGAAAAACGUUUUGGAUGUCAUGUCGUUGCAGCAGCACGUGGAGACAAGCAAAGCACAAAACAUGAAGCCCAUUGAUUAUCGCAAAUCCACAAAACCAGGUCUCGUUCCGCUUUACAUUUUCGAGUGUGCUGCCAAGCUAAAGAUGAAGCCGCUGACAGCCGCAUGCGCCGCCAUUGUGUACCAUCGCUUCUUCAAGGAGGUCAAACCCAGCGACUACGACGAGUUCCUGAUAGCCGCCUCCUCGCUUUACUUGGCUGGGAAAAUCAAAGAUGACGACACCGUUAAAAUUCGCGACGUCAUCAACGUGGCAUACAGCACACUUAACCGCGGCAGUGCUCCAUUGGAUCUAAACGAUGAGUACUGGGCCAUGCGCGAUGCUAUUGUCCAGGCCGAGCUGUUGAUAACACGUACCUUGAGCUUUGACCUGAACAUUGAACUUGCGCACAAGUAUUUGCUCUACUACAUGAAGACACUGCAGGAUUGGGUGGGAUCGGACGUGUGGAACUCUGUACCGAUUGCCAAGACGGCCGCCUCCUACCUACAGGACUUUCACCACAGUCCAAAUAUUCUUAAGUACAAGCCUACGCAUGUAGCCAUUGGAUGCUUGUCUCUGGCACUGCAAACGUAUGGCGUGCAGGUGCCACUGACCGACGAAUCAGACGAGGCUUCGAUGUGGUAUAAGCCAUUGGUCAAAGACUUUACCAGGGAGAAUCAAUGGGAAAUAAUCGAGGAUGUCAUUGAAGUCUACAAGCACGAGGCGUCCCUCAAGGCCACCUAAACCAUCCACGACAGCAACCCAUCAUUGUUAUCAACAAUUGGCCGUUUUUGACCUACUCGCCAUUCCUGCAUGAUUUUAUUUAUUCUCAGUCCAAACCAAGAAUCAUUUGAUCAAGACCUUUGGCUGCUCACUGAAUUACUGAAUAUAUAAACAUUUUACAAGAGAA